GGGGGUGCUUUCCCUGCCUCCUCCUCCUCCUCUUCCUCUCUUCAGGAGAAGCGGCUCUGCUCUGCUCCUCACUUGGCCAGCCGCGAUGGCGAGGUGGCUUCCCCUCGCCUUGGUCCUGCUUCCCGCCUUGUGGAGCCCGUGCUUCUCCCAAGCGUCGGCGGCUCAGCAGAAGCAGCCCCAGGCAGCGCCUCAGCAACGAGGUUUGUUUCCAGCAGUGCUGAACUUGGCUUCUAAUGCCCUCAUCACCACAAAUGCUACAUGUGGUACAAAAGGUCCUGAAAUGUACUGCAAGUUAGUGGAACAUGUACCUGGCCAACCAGUGAGAAACCCUCAAUGUCGGAUCUGUGACCAGCAUAGCAGAUUUCCAAACUUGCGACACCCAAUAACAAAUGCAAUUGAUGGCAAGAAUACUUGGUGGCAAAGCCCCAGCAUUCAGAAUGGGAUGGAAUAUCAUUAUGUGACCAUCACGCUAGACCUGCGGCAGGUCUUCCAGAUUGCUUAUGUUAUUGUAAAAUCAGCUAAUGCACCACGGCCUGGCAACUGGAUUUUGGAGCGUUCACUAAAUGGUGUUGACUACCAGCCCUGGCAGUACCAUGCUAUCACAGACACCGAAUGUCUGACUCGCUACAACAUUCCUCCCCGCACCGGACCGCCAUCGUAUGCAAAAGAUGAUGAAGUUAUAUGCACUUCUUAUUACUCUAGGAUUCAUCCACUGGAAAAUGGAGAGAUUCAUACAUCUUUGAUCAAUGGACGACCAAGUGCAGAUGACCCUUCACCAGCCCUUUUAGAGUUCACUUCAGCUCGCUACAUCCGCCUGAGAUUUCAGAGGAUACGGACAUUGAAUGCUGAUUUGAUGAUGCUUAUGCACAAAGAUCCCAAUGAAAUUGAUCCAAUUGUUACAAGGAGGUAUUACUAUUCUAUAAAAGAUAUCUCUGUGGGAGGAAUGUGCAUCUGCUAUGGCCAUGCAAAGGCCUGUCCACUGAAUCUCGCUACAAAUCGGUCUUCUUGUGAAUGUGAGCAUAACACAUGUGGAGAAAGUUGUGAUCGGUGCUGCCCUGGAUUUAAUCAGAAGCCUUGGCAAGCCGGGACCUUCCUUGUCAAAUAUGAGUGUGAAGCCUGCAAUUGUCAUGGGAAAGCGGAAGAGUGUUUCUAUAAUCAGACUGUGGCAGACAAAAAGCAGAGUUUGAAUAUCCAAGGGGAAUAUGUCGGGGGUGGAGUGUGCAUUAACUGCACACAGAACACUGCUGGCAUCAACUGUGAAACCUGCAUUGAUGGGUAUUUCAGACAAAAAGGGGUGUUACCAGGUGAUCGCAACCCAUGCCGUCCAUGUAAUUGUUAUUCCAUUGGCUCUUUAGAUGGCACUUGUGUCAAAGAUGAAAAACAUGCUUCAGGAGACCUACUCCCUGGAUUUUGUCACUGUAAGCCUGGCUUUGGAGGGGAGAGGUGCAAUCGAUGUGCCUUGGGAUACAAAGGCUUCCCUCACUGUGCGCCCUGCAACUGCUCCCUCAAAGGCAGCUUAAACGAUGACCCUUGCCAAGGGCCCUGCAGGUGCAAGGAAAAUGUUGAAGGAGAGAACUGCAGCCGCUGUAAACCUGGUUUCUUUAACUUGCAACAAGACAACCCCAAAGGCUGUGAGGAAUGUUUCUGCUCUGGUAUAACAAAUGACUGUGUGAGCUCCCACUGGACCUACAGCAAUGUUCUAGAAAUGAAUGGCUGGUACCUCACAGAUUUACCUGCUGCUGCUAGAGUUGCUCCUCAACAAGACAAAUUGGAUGGAGCAGAACAGCUUAGUAUCAACAACAUUGCUGCAAGGACUUUUCUACCACAGAUUUAUUAUUGGAGUGCACCUCGUCCUUAUUUGGGCAACAAAAUAACAGCUGCUGGAGGACAUCUGAAAUUUACAGUUUCAUAUGACCUCAUUGGGGAAGAAGAUGCUGCCGAAGCAAUGCUUCAAUCUGAUGUCAUCAUAGAGGGAAGUGGUUUAAGAAUCAGCACAUCACAGGAGGGUAUUCAUUUGAACCCAUUUGAACAGCAUACUGAAGAAGUGUUGCUGAAACACGACUUAUUCAUGCUGCAUGACACUAACUCUCCAGUCAGCAAAAGGAAAUUCAUGACUGUGUUGGCAAAUAUAAAACGUCUUCUUAUAAGAGCCACAUACAGCUAUGGGAUGAAUGCCAUCUACAGGUUGAGUGAUGUCAGUUUGGAAGUUGCUGAUCGCUUGUCAACAAGACAAAAAUAUGCACCUGCUGUUGAAAUUUGCCAGUGUCCUCCAGGAUAUUCUGGUACCUCCUGUGAAAAGAAAGAACAAGCUAAUGUCUCCUUUAGUCUUACAUCUGCCUAUUUGGUUAAGUCUUGCCAAUCAAGGCACAGGCGAGUUAAUGGCACUAUUGUUGGUGGAAUCUGUAGGCCAUGCACAUGCUUUGGUCAUGCGGAGUCAUGCGAUGAUAUCACCGGAGAAUGCCUGGACUGUAAGCACAACACAGGUGGCCUAUAUUGUGAUAAAUGUCUUCCUGGUUUCUAUGGAGAUGCUACUAAAGGAAAACCUGAUGACUGCCAGCUGUGUACUUGCCCACUGAGUAUACCUUCAAACAAUUUUAGCCCUACUUGUCAUUUGGACCGAAGUCGUGGAUUAAUAUGUGAUGAGUGCCCCCCUGGUUAUGUCGGCUCACGCUGUGAAAGGUGUGCAGAAGGCUAUUUCGGACAACCUUUAAUACCGGGGGGAUCAUGCCAGCCUUGCCGAUGUAAUGACAACCUUGACUUCUCCAUUCCUGGCAGCUGUGACAGCUUGUCUGGAGCUUGUCUGAUAUGUAAGCCAGGUACAACAGGCCAGUACUGUGAAAAGUGUGCUGAUGGGUAUUUCGGAGAUGCUCUUGAUGUGAAGAACUGUCAACCUUGCAGUUGCAAUGUUAAUGGCUCAUUUUCACUGACCUGUAACUCUAAGACUGGACAGUGUGACUGCAAACCCAAUGUCGUGGGACGCUUAUGUGAUAAAUGUAAGCCCAAUUACUUUUGGGCACCUGACAAGCUGUUCUGCAUACCAUGUGGCUGUAGUACACAAGGAUCCAUGUCACUGAACUGUGAUAUGUCAGGGAGAUGUACCUGCAAAUCAGGAUUUGCAGGUAAACGGUGUGAUCUGAGCAAACAGAUGUAUAUCCGGAAGGAGAACCCCUCAGCGGCUCAACAAAUCAGAGCUUCUCCACAGAGAUGGGGUUUCCCCAGUACCAGUGGGUGCCCAAGAGGUGCUUUCAAACCGGCUUCCUUGCCUGGAACCUUCGGUGUGCAGUCUUCCAGAGGCUGUGUUCCCUGCAACUGUAAUUCAUUUGGAUCAAAAUCCUUUGACUGUGAUGAAACUGGACAAUGCCAUUGUCAACCAGGUGUUGGAGGGAAGAAGUGUGACCGCUGCGCUCAUGGAUUUUAUGGCUUUGAAGAAGGAGGAUGCACUCCCUGUGAGUGUUCCCAUCUUGGUAAUAAUUGUGACCCAUUUACUGGCCGUUGUAUCUGCCCUACCAACACUGUAGGACAACGGUGUGAAAAAUGUGCACCAAAUCACUGGGGCCAUGAUAUUAUCAGUGGGUGCAAGGCCUGUGAAUGCAGUGCAGCUGGAUCCCUCAGUUUCCAGUGUAACCCUGAUACUGGUUGCUGUUUCUGCCGUCCAGAAUUUUCAGGGGAUAAAUGUACUGAAUGCAGGCUGGGAUAUCGAAACUAUCCACAAUGCAUGGCCUGCGAAUGCAUAGUAGCAGGGACUGAGCCACAUACUUGUAAUUCAGAGAUGGAGAAAUGUUCAUGUUCAGAUCAUUCUGGACAGUGCACUUGCAAGAUGAAUGUGGAAGGUGUCUACUGUGACAGAUGCAAACCUGGCAGGUUUGGACUCUCUGCCAGGAACCCACUUGGCUGCAGCAGCUGCUACUGCUUUGGCCUGACAUCGCAGUGCAGUGAGGCAAAGGGCCUGGUCCGCAUGUGGUUGACUCUGAAACCAGAUCAGGUCAUCCUUCCUCUGGUUGAUGAAAAUGUCCAACACCAAACUGUCCAUGGCAUUAUAUACCAGUACCCAGAGACAAUUGCAAAUAUUGACUUGGUGAAGCAAGAGUUACAUUCAGAACCAUUUUAUUGGAGACUUCCUGAACAGUUUGAAGGACGGAAGCUGACAGCUUAUGGAGGAAAACUGAAAUAUGCUAUCUUCUUUGAAGCAAGAGAAGAAACUGGCUUUGCGACCUAUAACCCCCAGGUCAUCAUCAGGGGUGGGCCUCCUGCACAAACGCGAAUUAUUGUCAGGCAUGUAGCUGCUCCUCUGAAUGGUCAAUUGACAAGGCAUGAGAUAGAAAUGACAGAGCAUGAGUGGAAGUACCAUGGGGAUGGUCCAAGGGUCAGUAGAACGGUGACCCAUGAAGACUUCAUGGAUGUCCUCUACAGCAUUCAUUACAUACUUAUUAAGGCUACUCAUGGCAGCUUCAUGAGGCAAACAAGAAUUUCUGAGAUUUCUAUGGAAGUUGCACAGGAAGGAAGUGUAUCAGGAAGGACUCCUCGUGCCCAAUUGAUUGAGAAAUGUGACUGCCCUUUGGGUUAUUUAGGUUUGUCAUGUGAGACAUGUGCUCCUGGAUUUUAUAGACUUCCCUCCACAUCUGCUGGCAGAAAAGCAGGGCCAGCUUUAGGUUCCUGUGUACCAUGUCAAUGUCAUGGGCAUGGUGAGAUGUGUGAUCCUGAAACCUCCAUUUGCCAGAACUGUCGUCACAACACUAGUGGUGACCAUUGUGAAAGGUGUGCCCUCGGGUUCUAUGGGAUUGUUAGAGGAUCUCCAAAUGACUGCCAACCUUGUGCAUGCCCUCUGACUGUGUCAAGCAACAAUUUUAGUCCCUCCUGUGUCAUCGAAGGGGUUGGUGAUUAUCGGUGUACCGCUUGCCCACCUGGAUAUGAGGGACAGUACUGUGAAAGAUGUUCUUCUGGAUACACUGGGAACCCAAGAAUUCCUGGUGGAUCAUGCCAAGAAUGUGAGUGUCAUCCAUAUGGUUCGCUGCCUGUUCCUUGUGAUCCUGUCACUGGACAAUGCACAUGCAAACCUGGAUCUACUGGACUGAAGUGUGCAGGAUGUGAACCCCGGCAUGCUCGUGAAGGCAUAGCAUGCGUUUUUUGUGAUGAUGAGUGCACUGGAGUCCUUCUUCGGGACUUGGAUAAACUAAACCAGAUGGUUCUGAGUGUCAAUCUGAGUGGCCCGCUUCAUCCACCAUAUAAAAUGCUUUAUUCUUUUGAAAAUACAACCCAAGAAUUAAAGCAUUUACUGUCACCUCAGCAAGCACCAGAGAGACGGCUUCGGUUAGCACAGAAGAAUUUGGAUACUCUUGUGACAGAAAUGGAUGAGCUUUUGACAAGGGCGACCAAGGUGACAGCAGAUGGAGAGCAAACCAGACAGGAUGCUGAGACAACUAAUGAGAGAGCGAAGCUGCUUGGACAGUUCAUCAAGGGCACCCUCCAGGCUGCAGAAGGUGCAAAUGAGACUGCUUUAAAACUCAAUGAGACACUUGGAGUCCCAGAUAAAACCAUUGACAAAAGCCUUCAAGAAAUACAAAGAGAUGUUGACAAAAUGAUGGCAGAACUCAGGAAGAGAACCCUGGAUACACAAGAGGAGGCUGCCCAAAAUGAAUUGGAAGCAGCAGGAGCUCUAUUGAAACGGGUGAAUAAGUUGUUUGCAGAUCCCAGGAAGAAAACAGAAGAGCUCAAGGAUGAAGUCAGAGACAAACUGUCAGACUAUCAAGAUAAAGUUGAUGAUGCUCAGGACCUACUGAGAGAAGCAACCAGUAAAAUUCUGGAGGCAGAUAGGUUAUCUGCAAUAAAUCAAAGAAAUAUGACCAUGGUAGAGAAAAAGAAGCAAAUUGUAGAAGAUGGACAACAAGAAGCUGAAAAUACUCUAAAGGAAGGAAAUGACAUCCUUAAUGAAGCUAAUGACCUUGCAAAUGGAAUCAAUUUAGCUGUGGAGUAUAUAGAUGAUGUCCGGAACAAGAUAAGUCCAUUGUCCGAUCAGCUGAAGGAUAAAAUUGAUGAUUUGUCUCAAGACCUCAAAGACCGAAAACUUCCCGAACAAGUACUGCAAGCAGAGUCCCAUGCUGCCCAGCUGAACGAUUCAUCUAAUAUACUGGAUGGAAUUCUCGAUGAAGCAAAAAACCUCUCCUUCAAUGCCACAGUGGCUUUUAAAGCCUACAGCAAUAUCAAGGACUAUGUUGAUGAAGCUGAUGGGAUUUCCAAAGAUGCUAAAGCUCGUGCCAAUGAAGCCAUACGACUGGCAUCUGGUCCAGAAGGAUCAUUAAAAGAUGGUGCCAAGAAUGCUCUACAAAAAAGCUUUCGAGUUCUUAAUGAUGCCAACAGGCAGGCAAAUGAUGUUAAAGAAAAUGGAGAUAACCUAAAGGGAAUGCAGAAUAGGUUGCAAGAUGCAGAGGAAAAAAAUUCUGAUCUCCUGAGAGCAUUGAAUGAUACACUGGGAAAACUGUCAGCAAUUCCUAAUGAUACAGCUGCCAAGGUACAAGCAGUCAAGGAGAAAGCUAGGCAAGCUAAUGAUACAGCAAAUGAUGUACUGGCUAGAAUCAGAGAUCUCAACAAGAAUCUCCUAGGCUUAAAAGACAACUACCAGAAACUUGCUGAUGAUGCAGCCAAAACAAAUGCUGUAGUGAAAGAUCCCGCCAAAAACAUUGCUGAUGCAGAUGACACAGUAAGAAACCUGGAAAAAGAGGCAGAUCGGCUGAUGGAUAAGCUCAAACCAAUCAAACAACUUCAAGACAACCUGGGGAAAAACAUCUCUCACAUUAAGGACCUAAUAAAUCAAGCCAGGAAGCAAGCCAAUUCUAUUAAAGUAUCUGUGGCUUCUGGAGGCAACUGCAUUCGCACAUACAGACCAGAAAUAAAGAAGGGAAGCUACAACACUGUCAUUCUCAAUGUAAAGACGACAACGCCUGACAAUCUGCUUUUUUAUCUUGGAAGUAACAGAUUUACUGACUUUCUGGCCAUAGAAAUGCGUAAAGGCAAAGUGGAUUUCCUAUGGGAUGUUGGGUCUGGAGUUGGACGAGUUGAAUAUCCAGAUCUAACCAUUAAUGAUGGGUUUUGGUACCGAAUUGAAGCAUCAAGAACUGGAAGAAAUGGCACAAUUUCUGUACAGGCAUUGGAGGGACCUAAGGCUACCAUUGUCCCAAGUAUAUUCAAUGCAAUUUCCCCACCUGGUUAUACAAUUUUGGAUGUAGAUGCAAAUGCCAUGCUGUUUGUGGGUGGUCUAACAGGCAAGAUAAAGAAAUCUGAAGCUGUAAGAGUUACUACUUUCACUGGCUGCAUGGGCGAAACUUAUUUAGACAGCAAACCAAUAGGCUUGUGGAAUUUCAGAGACAUUGAAGGAGAGUGUAAAGGCUGUGCCGUCAGUCCCCAAGUGGCUGAUGGUGAGGGCACAGUUCAGUUUGAUGGAGAAGGUUAUGCUAUGGUGAGCCGCCCAAUAAGAUGGAAUCCAAAUAUCUCCAUGGUUAUGUUCAAGUUCAAGACAUUUUCUUCCACUGCUCUUCUAAUGUACCUUGCUACACUUGACUUGAAAGAUUUCAUGAGCAUUGAACUCAGUGAUGGGCAUAUUAAAGUGAGCUAUGAUCUUGGUUCAGGAACAGCUUCUGUUGUCAGCAACCAAAACCACAAUGAUGGAAAAUGGAAAUCAUUCACCUUGUCAAGAAUUCUGAAACAAGCUAAUAUAUCAAUUGUAGACAUAGACUCCAAUCAAGAAGAGAUCAUAUCAACUGUUUCUACAGGAAAGCACUUUGGCCUUAACUUGAAAGCUGAUGAGCCUAUCUAUUUUGGGGGACUGCCAAGCUUAAGAGGAAACCUAAGACCUGAAGUAAACACAAGAAAGUAUGCAGGCUGCCUCAAGGAUAUUGAAAUUUCUAGGACACCAUAUAAUCUUCUAAGCAGUCCUGACUAUGUUGGCAUUACCAAGGGUUGUGCAUUAGAGAAUAUCUACACAGUCAACUUCCCAAAACCAGGUUUUGUGGAGCUUCCGCCUGUUUCCCUCGACGUAGGAACAGAAAUCCACUUGUCCUUCAGCACUAAAAAUGAAUCGGGUAUCAUUCUCUUUGGCACUAAUGGGAUUCCUGCAACUCCAAGGAGGAAACGCAGACAGACUGGGCAGGCCUAUUAUGCAGUUUUCUUGAAUGGAGGUCGACUAGAAGUGCAUGUCUCCAAUGGAGUACGAGACCCACGCAGGAUCACUAUCAAGCCUGAAUUUGGCGAGUUUCAUGAUGGCAAAGAACACUCCAUCUGGAUAGAGAGGCUUGCAGGGAUGUUUGCCAUACAAGUAGAUGAGGACAGAAGACAGUCUCAAAGACUUCCAUCAGAUCAACCUAUUUCUGUGAAGAAGCUUUUUGUGGGAGGAACACCACCGGAAUUUCAUACUGCUCCAAUUAGAAACAUACCUGCCUUUGAUGGCUGCAUAUGGAACCUCCUCAUCAAUGCAGUUCCAGUGGAUUUUGCCCAGCCAGUGUCCUUUGAAAAUGCAGACAUUGGCCAGUGCCCUGAUUCAGGCCCACCACGUGAAAAAGAGGAUGAAGAUGAAGUUUCCCGUGCAACAGUCGUAAUCCAUCCUGAACCAGAUACAGAAGAAAAGAAAGCAAGUGCAACUUCUGCUCCUCCACUGCCCUUCCCUCCUUUACCUGAUUUGCUUGCUGCUGAAGUGAAGAGUGCCAGCAUUUCAGCUGACCUUGACACUGUGAUGGAACAUUGUGCUGCGGAUAUGGAGCCAAUUGCCUUGGAAAGGGCAAAACAGUUUGGUCUAUCAAGGAACAGUCAUAUUGCAGUUGCAUUUGAUGACACAAAAGUAAAGAAUACACUCACCAUUGAAUUCGAAUUCAGAACAAAAGCUGAAAAUGGUUUGCUUUUCUAUAUGGCUCGGAUUAAUCAUGCCGAUUUUGCCACCGUUCAGAUAAAGAAUGGUUUUCCAUACUUCAGUUAUGACCUAGGACAUGGGAACACCAGCACAAUGAUCCCCAACAAAAUCAAUGAUGGUCACUGGCACAAGAUAAAAAUAUUCCGAAGCAAGCAAGAAGGUGUCCUGUUAGUUGACGGUGCUACAAACAGGACUACUAGCCCAAAGAAAGCUGAUAUUUUAGAUGUUGUGGGGAUGUUGUAUGUUGGCGGAUUGCCCAUUAACUAUACAACAAAAAGAAUUGGCCCGGUUGUCUACAGCAUCGAUGGUUGCAUGCGAAAUUUCCAAAUGACAGAAUCUCCUGUUGAUCUUGAUAACCCUUCUUCCAGUUAUAAUGUUGGAAAGUGCUUUGUUAAUCCACAAGAAGGAACCUACUUUGCAGGAACAGGUUUUGCCAAAGCAGUUGGAACGUUUAGAGUGGGGUUAGAUCUACACAUAGAAUUUGACUUCCGUACAACUCGGCCAAAUGGUGUUCUGUUGGGGAUCAGCAGCCAGAAAAUGGAUGGGCUUGGCAUCGAGUUGGUGGAUGAAAAUGUGAUGUUCCACGUCGAUAAUGGUGCAGGUCGGUUUUCCGCCAUCUACGAGCCUGCGAUAUCAGGUAGCUUGUGUGAUGGGCAGUGGCACAAGGUUAUAGCACAUAAGGCAAAACACCGCUUAAUGCUGACUGUGGAUGGCCACCACGUGGAAGGUAUCAGCCCCAAUGCAGCUUCCACUUCAGCAGAUACUAGUGAUCCUGUCUUUGUUGGAGGCUAUCCUGAUGGGUUACACCAGUUUGGUCUGACCACUAACAUCCGUUUCAAAGGAUGUAUCAGAUUGCUGAAACUCACCAAGGGGACAUCUAAGCCAUUGGAGAUUAACUUCAGCAAAGCCUUGGAGAUAAAGGGAGUCCAACCUCUUUCAUGCCCAGCAAAUUGACGUGACAUCAUCCAGCUAUGAUAUAGGAAUAGCCACUUGAAAAGAAGCAAAAAAGGAGUGCCUCACAUGUUUCAAGAAUCUGAUAUAUGCCUUCAUCAUUUAAAAAAAAGCAUGUUGCAAAUGUUUUUGACUUCAGCCUAUGAUAUAUUAAAAAUGGUGCUACUUCAGAGUGUGCUUUUAAAAACAAGAAACUCUUUUCUCAUGGAAUGAAUAAAGCAGAAAGAUCCCCCUGUGUGAUUUGUGACCCCUUUCCCCUCAGUGUGAAAGAGUUUCGAGGAGUGGAAUUGUAAUGCAGCAGAUCCCUGUUUCCCAAAGUGUAAAGUAAGUCAUGCUCCCAUUCUGUGAGUGUUUCCAAAUUUCUAGAGGCACUGUGUAUGUGCAUAGCCCUACCCAGCUAUAGAAAAAACCAACUGGGCUAGUGUCAUUGCCCCCUAGGCUUUACUAUUUCAGGGACCUUUUGCCUGUUGUCUUCCAAAUCUGUAGCCACAACAUGGCAUACAAACAAAACUCAAUUUUUAGCUAUUAUAUGAUUUGGGCUGUUAAGAGUAAAAUGGUGAAAAUGGAUGAACAAAUUACUGGAUCUGUGGCUCCUUUGGCUUUCUAUAUGUGUCAUCCUCAUAGUGGAGUCAUUUCAGUAGGUUUUGUAGGAAAGACUAAGACAUUUUACCUGAAUUUGUAGCAUGACUUCCAAGAGGAGCCAAAGAUCUGGUCUCAUAUGUAUUCCAGGUUUAUUUGUGAACAAAAAAGGGGGAGUAAAUUUAAAGAACAUUGAGUAUACUAUUUUUACUUCAUGUGUUUGACAACAAGAAAUGCAGGCACUUCUCGGGAAGCAUCAGGUAGUCAUUACUUUUCCCAACAGUGAAUACUCUACCUGAAUGUAGAACUUGUGUGUAUGUGUGUGUGUGAGUGUCUGGAGGGAGGAAGGAUGUGCAGAUUUUUCCCUUUGGGUGCUAUUCAGGGAAAAUAGAGUACACAAGGCAAUUCCACGUCUGUAUCACAAACUUCAGCAUAAUAUCUCAAGCUGCUAUAAGUUCAGUCUGGAGAUACACACCCAUCUUUGCACGUGGAGACCCAAUAUGCUGCAAUUCAAGAACCCCCAAACAAACAUACAAAAAUUCUCAUCACUGAGUGAAGCUCUUUUACAGGUAUUGGGUCCUUUAAAAAACACCAAUGUAGUAUUGUCUUCCAGUUUCUGGGUCUUAACUCUUUUCCAAGCACUCUGCUAAAGCUUUCUGUAUUAAGUUUGUAUAAUGAACUGUUCCCAAUAUAUACAAGACUUUGCAUUUUCUUGGUAUGUCUAGUACUUGUGAGGAAAGAGGAAGGACAACAGCAAUGUUUGCUACCUAACUGGUUUGUAUAAUGUUAUUACAAAGAACAUAUUGGACUCAAAUUCUAAUAUAUCGUUUGAAUUUCAA